AAGAUAGUGAUGUCUAACGCGCAAGAACACCCCAAGAAGGCAUUUGGAUGGGCUGCAAGAGAUUCAUAUGGUGUUCUCUCUCCCUUCAGUUUCUCCAGAAGGGAAACCGGAGAGAAAGACGUGACAUUCAAAGUGUUGUACUGUGGGAUUUUCCAUUCGGACCUUCACAUGAUCAAAAAUGAAUGGGGCUUCUCUACCUAUCCUCUGGUUCCCGGGCAUGAGAUUGUCAGUGAAGUGACGGAAGUAGGGAGCAAUGUACAAAAAUUCAAAGUUGGAGACAAAGUCGGUGUUGGAUGCAUGGUGGGAGCUUGCCGAUCUUGUGAUAGUUGUACCGACCACCUUGAGAACUACUGCCCCAAACAAAUACUCACGUAUGGUAUGAAGUACUACGAUGGAACCACCACCUAUGGCGGUUACUCUGACAUUACGGUGGCCGAUGAGGACUUCGUAGUCCGUAUCCCGAACAACCUACCCCUUGAUUGUGCUGCUCCCCUCCUAUGUGCCGGAAUCACAACCUACAACCCGUUGAGAUAUUUUGGACUUGACAAGCCCGGCAUGCAUGUGGGUGUGGUUGGCCUAGGCGGUUUAGGCCACGUUGCGGUGAAGUUUGCCAAGGCAAUGGGAGUGAAGGUUACAGUGAUCAGUACGUCCCCUAAUAAGAAGGAGGAAGCUGUUAAACACCUAGGUGCUGAUUCGUUUUUGGUUAGUCGUGACCAAGAUCAAAUGCAGGUAAUUAUUCGAACAAGCUGCCAUGGUACCAUGGAUGGGAUCAUUGACACAGUUUCUGCACAACAUCCUCUCUUGCCUUUGAUUGGUUUGUUGAAGUCUCAUGGAAAGCUUGUUAUGGUUGGUGCACCAGAAAAGCCUCUUGAGCUUCUGGUUUUUCCUUUACUCAUGGGAAGGAAGAUGGUAGCUGGUAGCGGCAUUGGAGGUAUGAAGGAGACACAAGAGAUGAUCGAUUUUGCAGCUAAGCACAACAUAACAGCAGACAUCGAGGUUAUCCCAAUUGACUACUUGAACACUGCCAUGGAGCGCCUUGCCAAAGCAGACGUCAGAUACCGUUUUGUCAUUGACAUUGGAAACACACUAAAGGCUAGCUCUUAA